AUAUGUGUGUGUUAUGUUUGCUUAUAUUGAUGUUUAAGGUAAUUUUUUCACACUGUACACAGAGGACAUAAUAAUCUGCAGCCAUGAGUCGGACCACUUUCUUUGAGGUGGAGCCCUACUCAACAAUAGGAGACAUCAAGAGCCUUUUUCACAAAUCAUAUCCUCACUGGUAUCCAGCAAGACAGGCCCUGAAGCUUGAUCCCAAGGAAAAAUCACUUAGAGACGAUGAAAUCUUACAGAAUCUACCUGUUGGGACAACUGCAACAAUGUACUUCAAAGAUCUUGGCCCACAAUUAGGUUGGACUAUGGUGUUCCUGGCAGAGUGCAUUGGGCCCCUUCUCACCUACCUCCUCUUCUAUUUUCGAGUCCCUUACAUUUACUCACACAGAUAUGUCUUUACCUCCAGUCCCCAUCCUGUUGUCACACUAGCAUGCGCCUGUCAUACCUUCCACUAUAUGAAGAGGUUGAUAGAGACUAUCUUUGUGCAUCGUUUCUCCCAUGGGACCAUGCCUCUCAGGACAAUAGUCAGGAAUUGUGCCUAUUACUGGGGGUUCUCAGCUUGGUUGGCAUACUAUAUCAACCACCCUCUUUAUACACCUCCAUCAUAUGGAGAACUACAAGUCAACUAUGCAUUAGUCAUAUUUGUGAUGUGUGAACUGGGCAACUUCUCCAUUCACUUGACUCUUAAUAAUCUCAGAGGAGAAGGAUCCAGGGUCAGAAGGUUUCCUAUGCCAACUAAGAACCCCUUCACAUGGCUAUUUUUCUUUGUAUCCUGUCCAAAUUACACAUAUGAGGUUGGCUCUUGGGUGGGCUUUUCCAUCAUGACCCAGUGUCUGCCAGUGGCAUUGUAUGCAUUAUUGGGAUUCAUUCAAAUGACCAUCUGGGCCAAAGGGAAGCACAGAGCCUACAGCAGGGAGUUCAAGGACUACCCCCCCCUCCGGAUGGCCAUUAUUCCCCUGAUUCUCUAAUAGUGAUCAAAACAUUAAGUAUUGUUGCAUAUAAGGGGUAUAUAUCCCUACAAUUGUUUUUCACUAAGCAAAGAUGUUUGUUGCUGCUGAGUCCAGCACUAUGCAAGUUUUUUAUAUCACUGAAUGAAUUGAAAGGAGUAAGAAUGGGAGCAAUAAUAUUAUGGCAAUAGCAUUUAAUAAUAGCUGGGAACAUUUUCAUUUUCUGUUCAGUAAAAUGGGUUUCAGGAGUAUGAUUUGGCAUUGUGAUAUGAAGUUAAUAACGAUAUUAGAUAAAACUUUAUAGCUGUCAUCUUCUCCAUACUGUGUUAACAUAGGGUACACAUAAUCAUUGGGUGUUUUCGCACCCUUCAAGACUUGACUAAAGGUUGGAAAGUGGCACAUCAGCAUUUUAGCAACCCUUUUUCAAACCAGUCAGUAGUUCUCACUGCAAGGUGGCAUAUUAGCCCACAGGUCUUGUUACUUCUUUUCAAUGAUGAACACUUGAAGCACUAAUGCAGUUUUCAGUUUAAUUGAAAGAAAUAAAACAUAAUCUAGCUCAUAAUAAAGUGCCUGUGGGAGCAAAUUAACAAACUAAAAUUUUAAAUGCCAUGGCAUCCAUUUGUGAGUGCAGCAUCACUUUUAAGCUCUCAGGAAGAAUGCCAAUAAAUCACACAUUGAAAUCUUGCUAAUAUUAAGCUCCUCCACUGUAUUUCUCAGAUUGUUUUCUUCAGAGGAAUAUGGAAUAUGUUACUGUAACUUCUGGCAUUGUAAAGGGAUUAUCAGGUAGUCAGAGAUAAUUACUCUGGUUCACUAGCCCUUAAUCUCAGGUUUUAUUAAACUGUUAGAAACUGUUUUCCUUAAAUGUGAGUAAUCUCAAGGAAUUUUAGUGUAAAACAAAUGUCAGUAAAAAAAAAAAAAAGUCCACAUGCUAUGGAAAAAUUAAAUUUUAUUUGACAUGAUGCUUCUCUCAGAAACACCACUUUUGUGACAACUUCUUCUAAUGACACCAGGUGCUGGUGGAACGCAGACAGUGUCCCAAAGUUGCAAAUGUAUGAUAAAGCCCAAUGAACAGGACAUUGGUGGCAUCAAAAUAUCACAUGAUAUCGGUGUUAAUUUCAUAAGCAGUAUUUUGUAAAAAAUGAUUAACUGUAUUGUAGAUUUUGCAGAUUGUUUUAAACAUUUGUAAGAAUUGUGAUGCUUCAAUUAAAGCUGCAUCAAUAAAGUGCUAAGA